AUGCCCUUCGGGCUCAAAAACGCCAGAGCCCUUCAGGAGUUUGCCAUCAUUCGGAAGUAUAGGAUGAAGCUGAACCCCAAGAAGUACACCUUUGGCAUCGCAUCUGGAAAGUUCAUGGGCUUCAUAUUAAGCUCACGAGGAAUAGAAGCCAACCUGGAUAAGAUCAAAGCCCUAAUCGAAAUGUCCUCACCACAGAAGCACAUAGAUGUUCAGAGCUUGACGGGAAGAAUAGCGGCCCUAAGCCGUUUUGUCUCGAAGUCCACGAACAAGUGCAUCUCGUUCUUCAAUAUCCUUCGCAAAUGCCAAAGGUUCAAAUGGAUGGCUGAAUGUGAAGAGGCCUUCCAAAAGUUGAAGGAACAUCUGGCCCAAGUGCCAAUCUUGUCAAAGCUAGUGGAUGGGGAGUCGUUAUACCUAUAUCUGUUCAUGUCUGAGAAUGCCAUCAGCACUGCACUAGUGUGGGAAAAGGGAAAGGUCCAGCUCUCAGUCUAUUACGUGAGAAAAAGGUUGUUGGGCGGGGAGUCCAGAUACCCGUUAAUUGAGAAAUUAACAUUUUUAUUAUUGAUAGCGUCCCAGAAGCUGAGACAUUACUUUCAGGCCAACGCCAUAAAGAUAUUGACAAAUCAUCCCCUACGACAAGAAUUACAGAAACCCAAAUCAUCGGGAAGACUCUUGAAAUGGGCCAUGAAGCUCAGUCAGUUUGACAUUGCAUAUGUCCCUAGGAUUUCCAUCAAGGGGCAAGCCCUGGCCGACUUCAUCGUGGAGUGUACAGGGAUCACUGAAGAUGAAGAACCCAUCAACCCCGUCACGCCUUUAUGGAAGGUCUUCGUGGAUGGAGCCUUAAAUGAAAAUGGGGUUGGGGCCGAGAUCAUCUUAAUAUCCCCCCAAGGACAUCAGUUGCAGAGCGCCCUACACUUCCAGUUUGAAGUGUCGAACAAUGAGGCUGAGCAUGAAGCCAUGUUAGCCGGAUUACGUCUGGCCCGGGAGGUAGGAGCAGCAAGUAUAAAAAUCUACAGCUACUCCCAAUUGGUGGUCAGGCAAAUUUCAGGGGAAUACCAAACAAAGGGGGAAAGGAUGGCCGCCUACGUGACGCGAGCCCGGGAGUUACUCCAAUCCUUCAAGAAAUAUCUCAUCUGCCAAAUCCCCAGGGAACAAAAUGUGUUUGCAGAGACAUUGGCAAAGUUGGCCACAGAUGUUGAAGCAGAACUCUUAGGGCUUGUCCCGAUCAACCAUCUUCCUGUACCUAGUAAUCAGGCCCCCGUAAUCAACACUGUAGAUUACUCCACGUCCUGGAUGGGCCCCCUCUCAUCCACUACUUAA